AUGAGGAUUUGGGAACUUGGCCAGGCAGGCCUGUACUCAGUGAUGCUGUGCGCCUACGAGACCAGGAAGCUUAAAGAAGCACCGAAACUGGAGGGAGAAACCUACCUCUUCUCCUUCGACAUUGUGUCCCUUUACCCCUCUAUUCCACAGGAGGAAGCAGCAUGGGUUGUGGCGAACUUUUACGAAAAGAACUUUGGGUAUAUACAAGGAAGGUUGAAGGAAUUAUACAACAUAACUGCCCCUCCCCCUUACCUAAUACAAGAAGGGAUUAAACACAUCCUUUCAGGGACCCUACUGAGAUUUGAUAGUAAGUACUACCAACAGAUGAAAGGCACAGCGAUUGGAGCCUCAGUGUCUGUGGCAGUAGCAGAAAUUUUUGUGCACGUGAGUAUUGAAAAAAAGAGGAAAAAGUUGAGAAAACAACCAGAGUUUUUCUAUAGAUACAUCGACGACAUUUUUGGAGUGUUUCGGGGCACAGAGGAAGACCUGCAGGAAUACUACAGAGAGCUUAACCAGUUCCACCCAGAUCUGAAAUUUACGGUUGAAUUUGACAAAAACAGAUUACCUUUUCUAGAUACUAUGGUGUAUGUAGACAAGGACGGCUUCCUGCAGACAACAGUGUUCCAUAAACCUUCAAACACGCACCAAUACUUGCAUUUUCAUUCUAGCCACCACCCAAAUCUUAAGAAAAGUCUCCCCUUCUCACAAGGAAUCAGGGUGAAGAGAAUUGUGAGCGACCCUGAUCUUUUAGAGGGAGCCCUGAAAGAAAUGGUUAAUUUUUUCAGGGAAAGAGGAUACAGUGAGAAGAUCCUCAAAGAGGCAAUGGUAAGGCUUGAAGGAAUACCGAGAGAUACACUCCUGCAUGUGAAGGAGAAAGAACUUUUAAACAGAAUAAUCUUUCCCAUGCUUUAUUCUCAAAAUAUAGCAGGCCAGUUACGCAGGUCAAUUAACAAAAUCUGGGAAUGGGCGCAGGAAAAUGCCAUAGACACCCCUUGGGAAAACAGACUAAGAGGCCCACCACCCAUGAUAGCAUGGAGAAAGGGUAAGACAAUUGCAGAGAAACUG